AUGUGGCCCUUCACGAACUGCGGCAAAGACGCCUGCACCGCCCGCGACCUGAAUAUCACCGACUCCAAGGCGCUGGUCGCCUUAUUCCCUUUCGCGGCAGCCUUCGUCGUCGUCAAUAUCCUCGUCGUACGACACGUAUUCCCCAAAUUGAGUCGUGCACACGAUGAAUACCGCGACGGUGAAGACCAUUACCUCCCUGCGCAUGCCCCGCCCGCUUUGCGACAAGCUCACGCCGAACAUGGCGCAAAGAGCUGGAAACGACAAGGUGCCGCCUGGACAUUCGGGGCCACCGUUGCCCUGGCCUUCACCUUGGGCCUCAUCAUACUCGCCGAAAUAUUGGAGGUUGUUGACCCAGCGGCCAAGAAUCUGGCGUUGCAUCUUACUGUCCCGUCUCUGCUUUCCCUGCUGAUCGUCUUGGUCCCGUGGCUGCAAUGCCGAGCCAUCAUCACCAGCGCGGGAUGGAGCUUCCAGCGCACAGCCAAGGGGUCCAUCCCCAAGGUGGCCUGGGCUCUGCAGUUGAUGCUGUUUGGCGCAUGGCUGUUCACCUUCUGGUCCGUAGGCAAUACCGUGCCAGAAUCAGCCACCAAGGAUCUGUAUGAGCGCGGCGUCAAGCGGACAUCCUCUGAGACAUUGACAAAGGAGUGUCUCGAGAGGGUUGGCGUCGUGGGAAUCUGCCUCAUGGCUCUGUUGGCCGGUUUUGCGUCCGUGUCUACGCCCUGGCACACCUUCGUGGAUGCAGCAACAAGGAGGAAACGGCCGGUGACAGAGGCCGAUGUCAACAGGAAACAGACUGGUCUGGAGGCUACCAGAGAGAUGCUCGUUACGAAGCGCCAUCAACUUCAACAGCUGGAAAGAAAAGCGCAAAACUCUGCUACUACUCCGCAGGGCUCGACAGGGCUCGUGGGCAAAAUGAUGGGAACAUUCCGUGGCAUUUCAAGCGACGAGGCCGAGAUGCGCGCGCUGAGAGUCGACAUUUCUGGUCUGGAAACCAUGGAAGCGAAUCUCGCAUCCAACCUAUCCAUGAUGCAGAACCACCGCGCUGCCACGGUCCGAGCCUCAACAGUAUGCGGCCGAAUCAUGCUGGUGCCUUCAUACGUCUUUGCGGGCUACUGUGUGUACCGAAUUCUCGCCACCACCCUCACCACCCUCCGACGAAUCCAUUCCCCGUCAGCCAGCUUCUCCAACAGCGACCCCAUCAACAGAUUUCUCGGCCUCAUGGCACGGCACUGGGACCCAAAGCUGGACCAACUCGCGUGGGCAAGAACCAUCAGCUUUGCCUUGAGCGGCGUCAUCUUGCUCGCCAGCGCAAACAGCGUCGUCCAAACGUUCCAUCUCUUUGCCAAGUGGACGCCUGGUCUGCUGCGGCACGCACAGGCAAACUUGGCUUUGACAAUUGGACAAAUCACAGCCACCUAUGUCAUUUCUGCAUCCCUGUUACUCAGAAGUCAACUACCAGCCAAGGCAGGAGUGGCUGUUACUGGCGUGCUUCAAGGCGCCCUGAGUCCAUCCUUUGUGGACCACUGGUUUGAGAUGUGGUUUUUGUCAGGAAGUGUUUUGACCCUCGUUGGCAUCUGGGUGGGACGCAAGUUAUCCAAAGGGUUUGGCGAUGAUGAGUGGGAUGACUACGGGACGGAAGAGAUGGGAGCAAAGCGGUCAUAG